CCUAGUCAAAAUGGAGUCGCUUUCUGACACCCAACUUUCUUUUGAUACAAUAAAAAUAUAUAUAUUAAGUCCCUUAUUUGAUCAGGAAUACUCUCCCGAAAUUUCUCCCGAUCUCUCUCAAACUUGAUCGACUCUCGGCGUUGAGAAAUCAUUGGAGAGUCUGUCGCUGCUUUGAUUUCUGUGUGUUAAGUUCUCAACCCGGUCAAAAUUCAUGGGGCGAGACAAGCUCCUUGAUUCACUAGAUGCGUUAGUGAAAAGACUGAUCGAGCUGUCCCCUAAGUUGAAUCUCCUCGAAACUUCUGUUCUAAAUGGCCAAGGUGUACCAAUAAAUCAAUGGCAGGGCAAAUUGGAGAUUUUUAUCAAGGCUAUCGACGGAAAGAUUAACGAGAAAAAGUCCCAGUCUGACUGCGAUGUGUGGGUGGCCGAUGUCCAAGUGUUGGCUGCUGAUGUGGAGGAGAUACUGAAUGAGAUUGCUGGAACUCAGACGUUGGAAGAACCUUCAAAAAACUGCUUUCUUUGUUUCACAUCUAGGAAAAGAAAAGCUGUUCUUACAGUUAAUGAUGAUCUGAGAACCAAAAUAUUCCGCACAAGCAGCCAAAUGGCCACACUCGAUAACAGGAGACGUGAAAUUGGACUGCAAGUGAGAGAUUGGAUACCCUGUUCGGCUCUGCGUAUCCCUCAGUUUCCGAAUGAACAACUUCCACCUAAACCUCCACCUCAGAACAAGAACAACCUCCACCUCCGGAACAAGAACAACCUCCUCCGGCACAAGCUUAAGUUGAGAUUCCUCCAGUUCAAGCUUGUAAUGAUCCGGAACCUAAUUCCAGACCAGAAAAGAGGCGACGAUUCGACAAGGAUUCGGAGGUACUAUUCAAGGCCAACUCGCCAACACAAUGAGCCUUUGCCUGAGACCGGACGGAUCAAAACUGAUAGUAACCCCGAAAUACACGAUUCAGAGGAUGAUAUUCAGAUCUUCUGAAUUAUAAUACUAUAUCUUAUGGGAGAUCCAGAGUGCUUGAAAGAAGACACAAUUGGUGGGGGGAAUAUCGACUUCAACUGGAGCAAGGAAAUUUGUGUUUUCUAACGUCUGCAGUUUUUUUUUUUUUAAUGUUUUUAAUAAAUGUUAAUCAAGUGUUGUGUUUCCUUUUUCAUUUUCAUGCGCUUUUGAUGGAAUAAAUGUAAGAGACUUUGGUCUUCUUUUUCAUCAAUUCUUAUCAACUUUUGAACA